AUGACUAGGCGGACACGCAGCUCGCUCGCUCGUGCCGGAAAGGCGCUGGCCGAUGAUGAUCUCGACAUCCUCGCACAAGAGGCACCUGCAAGCAAGUCAUCGUUGGGAGGCAAGCAUAAACGGGGUAGACUCUCGACUUCGAGCAGCAAGGCGCCAUCGGUUGCAUCUGCGGCCACUGGUGGUAGCACUUCUGUCUCUGCAAGUGGCUACUCGACGCCCAUGACCAGUGCAGUUGCAACCCCUCUCCCGACAACCGCUGUCAAUCAGAAGUCUGGUUCUAGACUCGAGAUUAGCAUACCCAUUCAGCCGCCAGUUGACAGCAAGAAGGUUCUCAGCAAGAGUGUGUACAGUUUGAACGGAGCCUCGAAGCGAAAGUUGGAUGAAAGUGAUGAAGAGCUUUCUGAUUCCUCACCAGAUGCAGUCUUAGCCAGAAGGUUACAGAAAGCGGAGGAGACCAAGUUCGCGGGCAGCAGUGUAGCCAAACAGCCCAUGCACUCAGGAACAUUGUCGACUAGGCGCUCGACUAGGAGCCUGAGGCAAAAGCCGGUCUUCUAUGAUCUUGACUUGGAAGACGAUGUGAUCACGGCAUCCAUCAAGGCAAAAUCUAAAUCAAAGAGAGAGGCAACCCCAGCUGGGUCCGUUGCAGACUCAGAAGAUGGCUUUUCUUCGUCUCCCGAUGUCAAUGAUUCCGAUCAAUCCGACAACAUAGCUGUGCACGACUCCUCUGACGAUUUCGACGAUGAGGUUCAGACCACAAAGCCUCGCAAACAGGGCCGCAGAAUAGAUCGCAAAGACUCGCAGCCGACUCCCAAGCGGCGCAGAACUGGGCCACAUGCCAACGUUGUGCUCGACUCCGAUUCUGAAGUGUCUGCUUCACCUAGUGAUUGGAGCGAUGACGAUGGCGAUGACGAUGAAGAUCUUGGCGAUGUUCCAUCGGAAAGCCCUCAUGCAGUUGGACGGGUCAGGCGUGGCAGAACAAUUAACGCACGUGUCGGCCACCAUAUGACACGUGAGGAGAGGGAUCGGGCAAAGCUUGAGAAGAACCACCCGUACCUAAAGACAUUAUGGGCGGAUUUUGAAGCUAGAGCAGUUGUGAACCCUCCGCCGGCAAGCCAACCGACGAAUAUCUCACGAAACCUGAAGCCGUUCCAGCUUCAUGGCCUGGCCUGGAUGAAAGCGAUGGAGCAGACGGAAUGGAAAGGUGGACUUCUCGGCGACGAGAUGGGCCUUGGCAAGACCAUACAAGCCGUGUCCCUCGUCAUGUCGGACUGGCCAGCCAAGCAGCCUUCACUGGUUCUCGCACCACCAGUAGCAUUGAUGCAGUGGAUGAGCGAAAUUCAAUCCUAUACCGACGGUACCCUCAAAACCGUCGUCUAUCAUGGAUCCAACACCAAGACCAAGAAGAUGACCAAAGCUGAGCUGAAGGGAUAUGAUGUGAUUAUCAUGUCGUACAACAGUCUUCAGUCGAUGUACGCAAAGCAAGAGAAAGGAGUCAGCAAGAAAGAUGGCAUUUACAAGGAGAAGAGUCUGCUUCAUUCGAUCGACUUUCAUCGAGUUAUCCUGGAUGAAGCCCACUACAUCAAGUCGCGGACCACUAUGACCUCCAAAGCCUGUCUGGCACUUAAAACAAAUUACAGAUGGUGCCUCACUGGCACUCCUCUCCAGAAUCGUAUUGGAGAAUUCUUCUCCCUCGUACGGUUCUUGAAGAUUGAACCAUUUGCCAACUAUCUUUGCAGAGAUUGUGACUGCUCUGCUUUGGACUGGCGCCUUAACGACAAGUAUCAGUGCAAGAAGUGCGGUCAUGGUGGUUUGCGACAUGUUUCAGUGUUCAACCAGGAGCUUCUCAACCCUAUUCAGACCUACGGAAGAACUUCAAAGGGUGCAGAGGCCUUCCGCAAGCUUCGCCUACUCACCUCAAAAAUUAUGCUGCGGCGUCAGAAGAAAGAUCAUAUGGACUCGAUGGAACUACCGCUCAAGGAAAUCAUUAUCGAUCGUCAGUUCUUCGGUGAAGUCGAGAAGGACUUGGCAGGCAGUAUCAUGCAUAACAACCAGCGCAAGUUCGAUACGUAUGUGGCACAGGGUGUUGUCUUGAACAAUUAUGCCAACAUCUUUGGCCUCCUGAGCCAGAUGCGUCAGGUUGCCGACCAUCCUGAUCUCAUCCUGAAGAAGAACAACGAGCCCGGUGUGAAUAUCAUGGUCUGUUGCAUCUGUGAUGACACUGCAGAGGACGCCAUCAAGUCUCAGUGCAAGCACGAGUUCUGUCGGGCAUGUGCCUCUAGCUACGUCAACUCCACACCUCAGCCGACUUGCCCGAGAUGUCAUAUAGUACUCUCCAUUGACUUGGAGCAGCCAGAAAUUGAGCAAGAUCAGGAAAUGACCAAGAAGAACUCCAUCAUCAACCGAAUUCGUAUGGAGAACUGGACUUCAUCGACAAAAAUGGAGAUGCUAGUACACUCUCUACAGAAGCUCCGGUCCGACAACUCUUCACACAAAUCCAUUAUCUUCUCUCAAUUCACUGGUAUGCUGCAGCUUAUUGAGUGGCGCCUUCGCCGAGCUGGAAUCACAACUGUCAUGCUCGAUGGUAGCAUGUCCCCAGCCCAGCGAGCUGCCUCCAUCGAUCAUUUCAUGAAUAACGUUGACGUAGAGUGCUUCUUGGUCUCACUCAAGGCCGGAGGAGUUGCUCUGAACCUUACCGAGGCCUCGCGUGUUUUUAUAGUUGACCCUUGGUGGAAUCCAGCUGCUGAGUGGCAGUCGGCCGAUCGUGUCCACCGAAUCGGACAGACCAGACCUGUGGUUAUCACGCGUCUUUGCAUCGAGGACUCGAUUGAAAGUCGAAUUGUCCAGCUGCAGGAGAAGAAGACAAAGAUGAUCAAUUCGACGGUCAAUUCUGACGAUGUCGCCCUGGACUCGUUGGAGCCCGAAGAUCUCCAAUUCCUGUUCCGCGGAAAUUAG